CCAGCGCCGGAAGGUGAAUCAUUCGUGAUCAUCGCACGACCCCGCUGUUGAUAAACCCCGGCGGAGUUCGACGGCGCUACAUGAUUGGGAUGGCCAAGUUGGGGACGAAUUCCAUUAACUCCUGGAUAAGUGGACGCCCCAAAUUCUAUAUAUACCCGAAAUUUUCCAUCAAAAUUCCACACCAACAGCGUCAGCAAGGAAAUUCAAAGAUUUUUGGUUGACCACCGACCUUCAAAAUCUCCACAAAUCCAUCGAAGCAAUAAAAAAUGGAGUGGUUGACCAAUCGAUGGGUGGCUGCUGCUGCUAGCAUAUGGAUUCAAUGGAGCUGUGGUGCAUCCUAUACCUUCAGCAUCUACUCUCCUGUUCUCAAAUCCACUCAGGGCUAUGACCAAUCCACACUCGACACCGUCUCUGUUUUCAAAGAUAUCGGCGCUAACUUUGGCAUCCUCUCCGGCUUGUUGUUCUCCGCCGUCACACCGUACGGUCCCCCUCGAGCUUCCCAUUCGAAAUCGAAAUGGAGAUCGUUGGGUGGUCCGUGGGUGGUGCAUGCGGCCGGCGCCAUUCAGUGUUUUGUUGGUUUCAUCUUCCUCUGGGCGGCGGUUGUCGGUUUGAUCGGUCGGCCACCCGUGGCUGUUAUGUGCUUCUUCGCUUGGUUGGGUUCUAAUGGCCAGACUUUCUUGAACACAACGAAUGUGGUCACAGGCUUGCGCAAUUUCCCCGAGUAUAGCGGCACUAUCGUGGGCAUCAUGAAGGGAUUUCUGGGACUUAGUGGAGCUAUCCUGAUCCAAAUGUAUCACACUUUUUGUGACGGCGACCCAACCACCUACCUCCUGAUGCUUGCUUGCCUACCUACAUUCAUCUGCCUAUCGUUAAUGUUUUUAGUGAGGAUUUAUGAAGCGCAUGAUGGUGAUUACGAGAGGCAAUUCAAUGGUUUCUUUGUUGUUACCCUGACUAUUGUUGCUUAUCUCAUGUUGAUUAUAGUUUUACAAAACAUCCUCAUAUUUCCGUCUUGGGCACGUAUUUUCACUUUUGUAAUCCUGAUUGUUCUACUAGCAUCACCCUUUGGAAUUGCUACCAAAGCCCAUUGGGAGGACUCGCGGAGGUUUUUGCAAAACUGCUCACUUGAGAGAUGUCCUCCUUUAACAAACAUCCCUAAGUUAAUUACAUCCUCCAGUCAUCUGCCAGCAGGGGAUAAUAUGGAAUAUCAGGAGCUACCUAGUGAUGAGAGGCGGUUACAGUCAACUUCAGAUGAUAUGCUUCCUGGUGAAGAAGAAAAGAACCUCUUGCGUGCCAUGUGCACUGUUGAAUUUUGGAUGUUGUUUAUAACAAUGAUAUCUGGGUUGGGCUCUGGAUUGGCAACGAUAAACAACAUGAGCCAAAUAGGGCAAUCUCUUGGCUACAGUAUUGUUGAGAUCAAUAAUUUGGUGUCAUUGUGGAGCAUGUGGAAUUUUCUGGGCCGUUUUGGAGGAGGCUAUGUUUCGGAUUAUAUCAUGCACAGAAAAGGUUGGCCAAGGCCCUUGUUAAUGGCAGCAACUCUGGGAGUUAUGAUUCUUGGACAUUUAAUCAUAGCUUCUGGAUUCCGAGGAAAUUUAUAUUUGGGUCCGGUCCUUGUGGGCAUCUGUUAUGGUGCAAAUUGGUCAUUGAUGCCCACAAUCACUUCCGAAAUAUUUGGUGUAAAGCACAUGGGUACCAUUUUUAAUACCAUUGCUGCGGCAAGUCCGCUUGGAUCUUAUAUACUCUCGGUGAGGGUUGUUGGAUAUAUUUACGACAAGCAUGCCAGUACGGAAGAUAACUCAUGCUUUGGCAUCCACUGUUUCAUGUCAUCUUUUCUGAUCCUGGCAGCUGUGACUUUUAUUACCUUUUUGGUUGGUCUGGCUCUAUAUUUCCGGACUAGAAGAUUCUAUGAGCUAGUUGUUCUCAGAAGGUUACGACAUUCUUCAAAAUAACUAAGAAUGUAUUUGCCAGCAUUUGAGAAUCAGGUAGAGGCUGAGAAAAUCACUCUCGUGUCUUUCCUAAAUGCAGAAAUGUGCUGUAAUCUUCUAGGGGUUUGUCUGUUAGACUGAAAUGAGAUGUGUGUUCUAUGUAUUACAUUUGUGAUGUUAUCAAAUAAAAAGAAGACAAGUCGUUUGUUUGUCAGUUUUAGAUGUUCAUCGACCACUGUCUUGUCUUUGAUUAGUGAGCAUGGAUUUUGAGUUGGCUUUGUUA